AUGUCUAACCAAAAAGUUAACCCAACCAAACAAACAACAUCGAACGGCGGUACUCAAACAACAUCGAACGGCGGUACUCCAUCGACCACAAGCGCGAUAGCUAAAAACUCUGGAAUUGGCACUCCAAUGACCGCCGGAAUGACCGCCGGCGUGACUGUUACUCCAGAGGUUUGGGCACAAAUGCAAAGCCUCCUUGCUUUGUUUCCAAUUCAACAAGUCCAACCAAACACAAUCAACAGUUAUCCGGAAGCUCUUUUGAUAGGAUCUGCAGCUCCAACCGAUCUUGCGAUGGCUUCCGAUUCCACAUUGUUGAUACCAUCUUUGGACCAUUCUUUGUCAAACUCUGGCUUGGACAACAGUGGCUCUAAAGACAAAGAAGUCAAAUCAGAUUCCAACUGCGGCGAACAACUCUCCACCGAUUCCGAAGCCAAUCAAGCAGCCAAGGAAACCGUCUCUGAUUCCGAAGCUAAUCGAGCAGCCAAGGAAACCGUCUCCGAAAAUCGAGCAGCCAAGGAAACCGUCUCCGAAGCUAAUCAUUUCGGCGCCUGUCCUGACACUGAAGUCCUCAAACCUGUUACUCAAGUCCUUAACAAAACGCUCGAUUUUUUGAAAAAAAGUGACUUUGAUAAGUAUGAUUUCAAAGCCGGAGAAGCGGCCUCCGAAUCAGAAGCGGCCUCUGAAUCAGAAGCGGCCUCCGAAUCAGAAGCGGCCUCCAAAUCAGAGGAAUCUGCCGAUGAAAAAGUGGAGAGGAAGGCGAAAACCGUGCUUCUGAGAAUGAACGCAGCGGAUUGGCUAAUGAAUCCGGGCAAGAUGGUGGAGUUACUUCGUCUCCCAAAGUGA